AUGCCCAUUAUCGACACAACCAAAGACCUGCCGACGCUGUUUCAGCAACAGGCGCAGGCGACGCCUGAUGCCAUCGCCCUGGAAGAUGACGCCAUUACAUACACCUAUCAGCAGCUCGAUCGCGAGGUCGAAGCGCUCGCUAGUCGGCUGCGUCUGUAUGGCGUCAGCCGGGACUCGCUCGUCGGAGUGCUCCUGCCUCGCAGCGCGAACUACGUGAUUGCGUGUCUGGCUGCGCUGCGCGCGGGCGGUGCCUUUCUCGUGCUGGAGUUGGCCUAUCCGGCGGGCCUGCUGGCGGACGUCAUUAGCGAUGCCAACCCCGCCGUGGUGAUCACCCACCAGAGCGAGGCGGAGAAGGUGAAGGCCCACUGUCCGCUGAUCGCCCUGGACCUGCCCGCGGCCACAAUCAACGGUCAUACCAAAGAGCCGGCUUCGGGGCCGGCCGAGGAUGAUCUGGAUCGGCUAGCCUUUGUCUCGUAUUCGUCGGGCACGACGGGCAAACCCAAGGGGAUUGCCAACCCGCACCGUGCCCCCGUGCUCUCCUAUGACCUGCGAUUUGGUGUGCAGGAUCUCCAGCCCGGAGACCGAGUGGCGUGCAAUGUAUUUUUCAUUUGGGAGAUGCUGCGUCCGCUGCUGCGCGGUGCUACCGUCGUGGCGGUGCCCGACGAUGCCAGCUAUGACCCGGCCGCGCUAGUGGACCUUCUGGCCUCCAAGGGGAUCACAGAAACACUCAUGACACCGACCCUGUUGGCAACGGUGCUCUCGCGAUACCCACAAAUUGCAACGCGCCUGCCUGCGCUGCGCACCCUCUGGCUGAACGGUGAGGUGGUGACGACCGACCUGGCCCGCAAGGCGAUCAAAGCCCUGCCCCAUACCCGCCUCCUCAACUGCUAUAGUGCCUGCGAGACCCAUGAGAUUGCGUGCGGUGAUAUUCGGGAUGUGAUGGACCCUGAUUCUCUCUACUGCCCAGUUGGUGCGCCUCUCGACCCGGCACACACCUACAUUUUGGACCAGAGUGGACAGGAGGUCGCGGCCGGGUUGGCGGGAGAACUCUUCAUUGGUGGAGACCUGCUGGCGCGGGAAUACCUCAAUCUGCCAGAUACCACGGCCAAGGCGUUCUUGCCGGACAAGUUUGAUCCAACGCCAGGCGCGCGGAUGUAUCGAACGGGCGAUCUGGCGAGGAAGUUGCCUUCGGGGCUGCUGGAAAUCACAGGUCGUGUGGGCGCGAUGAUCAAGCUCCGUGGCUAUUCGGUGGUCCCGGCCAAAGUGGAGAGGGACAUCUGCCAGUAUUUGGCAGUGGGUCAGUGUGCCGUGAUAGCUCACGGCGAGGGUCUGGAGCGGCAGUUGGUUGCAUACAUGGUGGCCGAUCAGGAGGCUGGAGAGCGGCCGGCGGUGGAGAUCAACGAGACGGGACACAGUCCAGCCGCUCGUCGGAUCCUCGAGCCGCACCUGGCUCACUAUAUGAUUCCCGCGUUGUGGGUGGAGCUGAAUGAGUUGCCCACAAGUGAAGUGUCCGGCAAAGUCGAUCUCAAGCGUCUCCCUCCGCCUCGCAGCGCCAGCCCCAGCGGCAGCGACCUGACGACCGACCAGGAUCCGAUUGGCAUCAGCGACAUUGCCACAAUCUGGGCUAAUGUCCUGAAAACCUCCAAGGCCCUUCUCAAGCCAGAGGAUAACUUCUUUGAUUUGGGUGGCCACUCUCUAUCCCUAGCCGAUCUGGCCUCAAAACUCUCCCGGCAUUUUGGCUUCCGCGUUCCGAUUCCCCGUCUGGCAAACAACACGACUCUCGCCGCUCAUUUGGAGACGGUGCGCGCUGUCAGGGAUGGGCACACGGCUGCAGUCCAAGCAGACCUACCCGCCGUCCUCCUCGCUGAUUCGACUCUGGAGGACGAGAUCAAGCCUCCUUCAAAUACUUCUAUCACUUCUAUCGCCGACGCGAAUACGGUGCUCUUGACCGGUGCGACCGGCUUCUUGGGUGCAUUCCUGCUGAGCGAUCUGCUGGACAGCACCUCGGCGAAGAUUAUUUGUCUUGUGCGGUUCAAUGAUCCCGAAGAUGACGACCAAGCUGGAGGGGUGGCCCGUAUCCGCCGGAAUCUGCUGGACCUCGGACUCUGGCGCGACACGUUGAUGGAGCGUGUUGAGAUCCUGCCUGGUAACCUGUCUCGGCCUCGCUUUGGACUGUCCCCCGAGGCAUUUGAUGAGCUUGCGGCUCGUGUCCAAGUCAUUGUCCAUGCUGCUGCCACCGUCAAUUUGGUGUACCCUUAUGCUGCUCUGCGCGGAGUCAACAUUGGUGGAACUCGAGAGAUUCUUCGCCUGGCAUCCAAGGGCGGCGCUACCGUGCAAUACGUGUCCACCAACGGAGUCCUGCCGCCAUCUGGAGAGAAAGGUUGGCCGGAGCCUACCAUGCUGGAUGUGAAUGAUGUUCCUACGAAGCUGCUGGAUGGCUAUGGCCAGACCAAGUGGGUGGCCGAGCAGCUCGUCCUAAAGGCUGGUCAGCGCGGCCUUCCGGUCAAGAUCCACCGCUGUGGUACAAUCAGCGGCCACAGUAUCACCGGCUCUGCCAAUGCAUGGGAUCUGCUGACUGCCCUGCUGGUAGAGUCUAUCCGCCUGGGCUACGCUCCGGAAGUCGAGGGCUGGCGUGCGGAAAUGACUCCGGUGGACUUUGUUAGUAAAUCCAUCAUCCAUCUGGCCACACAGACCAUGGCAGAUCAGACCAUCUUCCAUCUCGGUGACCCCAAUCCGGUCAACACCCGGUCCGUCUUUGAAAACCUGCAUGAGCUCGGCUAUCCAACGCAACAUCUUCCAUGGGAUGAGUGGGUGACACUGUGGUACGAGAAGCGAGGCUCGACCAAGGGUGGGGAUGGUGCCUUCACCGUCGACAUUCUGCGCAGUGGUAUGCCGACGGUGGAGUUCCUUCGUGGCAUCGUCGUUCUGGAUAACUCGCUGACCCGGCCUUUCCGAGCGGUCGUGGAGCGACCGAAGGUGGACAGUCUGCUGUUGGAGACCUAUACCCGGCACUGGUUUGCCCGUGGAUGGCUUCCCCGAGCUCCAUCUCGCCAACAUGCCCUCAAUCGCACUUCGCAGCUCAACAAAAAAGGCCCGCUAAGCGGCCAGGUGGCUGUUAUCACCGGUGCAUCUUCCGGCAUCGGUGCGGCCGUAGCCGAGGCCCUGGCUAAACAGGGCUGCUCGGUGGCUCUGGGUGCCCGUCGCCUCGACGCGUUGAAGUCUGUCCAGCGCAAGGUCGAAUCCCACGGCGUCAGAUGCAUCAUCCGCUCAACGGAUGUCACAAACAAGGCCCAGGCCGAAGCCCUCGUCCAGGCCGCCAACGACGAGCUCGGUCCAGUGGACAUCCUCGUCGCCUGCGCCGGCGUCAUGUACUUCACCAUGAUGGCCAACACCCAGACAGACGAGUGGGAGCGCACCGUCGACGUCAACUGCAAGGGCCUGCUGAACGCCCUUUCUUCCACCAUUCCCGGCAUGCUCUCUCGCAGCCGCGGCCACAUUGUGGCUAUCUCCUCCGACGCCGGCCGCAAGGUUUUCCCCGGCCUGGGUGUCUACUCCGCCAGCAAGUUCUUCGUCGAAGCCACGCUGCAGGCUCUGCGCCUCGAGACUGCCGGCACCGGCUUGCGGGUUACCAGUAUCCAGCCGGGCAAUACGUCCACGCCGUUGCUUGGCAUGUCAACGGAUGCCGAAGCCGUCAAGAAAUACGGAGAGCCCUCUGGCGCAAAGAUUCUUGAGCCCUCGGAUGUGGCGAAUUCGAUUGUGCAUGCGCUGUGUCAGCCGGAUUACGUGUCUGUCAAUGAGAUUCUGGUUGAGCCGCGCGAUGAGCCUAUUUGA